AUGUCUAAAUUCGGUGUUCUAGUGAUGGGCCCCGCUGGUGCGGGCAAAACCACAUUCAGCAAUGCAAUGAUCCAGCACCUUCAGACCACCCGCCGCAGCUGUUUCUAUGUGAAUCUCGACCCCGCCGCCGAGUCAUUUGCCUACGAUCCAGAUCUUGAUAUCCGCGACCUGAUCACUUUAGAAGAUGUGAUGGAAGAGAUGGGACUGGGACCUAACGGAGGUCUGAUCUACUGCUUUGAGUUCUUGCUCCAGAACCUGGAAUUCUUAUCAGAGGCACUGGAACCAUUGAGCGAAGAGUACUUGAUCAUUUUCGACAUGCCCGGCCAGAUCGAGCUCUACACCCAUAUUCCUCUUUUACCUACCCUCACAACUUUCCUUUCUCGACAGGGCCCGUUGAACAUCAACAUGUGCGCCGCCUACCUACUCGAAAGCACCUUCGUCAUCGACAAAGCCAAAUUUUUCGCCGGCACUCUCAGUGCCAUGUCUGCCAUGCUGAUGAUGGAGAUGCCACAUGUCAACAUUCUCAGCAAGAUGGAUCAGGUCCGCGAUAUGGUGACACGCCGGGAAUUGAAGCGCUUUACCAAUGUGGACGUACAGUUGCUUCAAGAUAAGGAGGAGGACGAUCUCACCGCAAGUGCCAACCCCAUGGCCACAGAAUCCUUGAUGAGCGGUGGAUCGUUCAAGCAGCUUAAUCGUGCAGUUGGACAGCUGAUCGAUGAUUUCAGUAUGGUCUCGUUCCUGCAACUGGAUGUCUCAGAUGAGGACAGUGUCGGGGCGAUUUUGAGCCACAUCGAUGACGCCAUCCAAUACCAUGAGGCCCAGGAACCGAGAGAACCCAAGGAUGCAGUGGAGGUGAAUUAUGAGGAUUGA